AGUUUUGCUGAUGAUUUGUCGGAGUGCACAGAAGGACACGGCGGCUCCCCACACAACCAGGAAACGAGACCACUGCCAGCAAAAAUCUGGGGAGGAGGAGGAGGAGAAGACCACGCUGAGGCGUUGAGGAUCACGACACAAGACGCUCCCCUCAAAGGCAGGGAUUUGACCCAAACUGGGCUGAAGUCAUCCUAGAAGAAGGUCACUAUUGGGCUUUACUUUUGGCCAAGAAAGGCCAGGCCUCCACCAUGAAAGCACCAAAAUUUCCUCUCCGGCAAACACCCGGCUGCAGUAUCUUCUUUGGCUUCCUUAUUCUUUUUGCCCAUGGCGCAUUUGGACAAGACACAUCCAUUGAACCCAGCACAGUGCCAGUCAUUUCUGCAGCACCAAAUAUCACAUCUCAUCCCACUGAAUUUCCCACCAAGAAGCUGGCAGCAAUGGGCACAGACACUGACGUCUCUUCAAAAGCCCAGCCUGUUUCCACAUUGUUGGUCGCCACAUCCAUCAACAAGGAGGCAACGCCAGCGAGUACACUGUCUCCUGAACAGCUCUCUACACUCAAGCAUUCAGGACCAGGUACCAUCAAAGAAAAAAAGGAACAAGACACAUCCAUUGAACCCAGCACAGUGCCAGUCAUUUCUGCAGCACCAAAUAUCACAUCUCAUCCCACUGAAUUUCCCACCAAGAAGCUGGCAGCAACGGGCACAGACACUGACGUCUCUUCAAAAGCCCAGCCUGUUUCCACAUUGUUGGUCGCCACAUCCAUCAACAAGGAGGCAACGCCAGCGAGUACACUGUCUCCUGAACAGCUCUCUACACUCAAGCAUUCAGGACCAGGUACCGUCAAAGAAAAAAAGGAACAACCGGCAACGCUUAAACAGACCAAACAGGCUGACACUACCACAGACACCCACAGCUCUGCCAAAAGAGAGAUAACCACAACCAUGACAACUACCCUAAACAAAACAGAAACAACCAAAGUGGUGGGGAAAUCCCAUACCACUGUUGGAGAAUCAACGUCCUUUAGCACAACAGCAGCCACUGCAAAUGUGAGCGUCGGCCUGAAACCAAGAAGUACAAAGCAGGAAAAAACACCAGGACAACCUGUACCACCCCAGGGUGAGCCCACAACACACAGUACCAGGAGUACGGGGCCCAAAACCCAGGACACAACUGGAACAUCUACCACUGAAACAUCAGAAGUGAAUAGUGAGGGGAAGAAAGACCCUUCAAAGGGCUUCAGAGGAACAACUGUGGUGUCUACCACUGAAACAUCACAGUCUUAUCCUAUGUCAACAGCAAGUCCUGCAAAGGGCUCCAAAGCAACAGAUGUUGCUAUAGUCCUCAGUAUUCUGUUGCUCCUGGUUCUCCUAAUCGCUUUCCUGUUCUGCUGGCGGAGGUGGCGCCACUCAGGUUCAACGAGCUUCAAGACAGCAGGGUGGGCAGGGCAAGCGGAACUGCCGGAUGAUUCUGGAUUGGAUAAAGAGGUAGAGCAAGGGGCGCUGAGCAAAGGGGAAGGAGACACCAGACGUGCGACCCUCACCACUUUCUUUGGCAAACGUCAGUCCAGGGUACCUUCUGUAGCCAUGGAAGAAGUUGUUCGGAAAGAGACUGGCGACACAGAGGAGGUUCAGUGUCUGAUUGAUGGAGAUGUGAGCAGAGUCUCCAGUCUGGAAGGGUCUGGGGAAGCAAAUGGUAAACUUCCCGAGCCCACCAUGCAAUGCUCUCAAGAGAAAGAGUUCCCUCCACCACCAGCCCACCAGGAGGAGACUCCUCCUACAAAACUAGAAUAGGACACACCCACUUCCUAGGCUCCUCCUACCAGUGAUUGUUUCCACUGCCUACACUUCUUCUAUUCAAUUUAAGGCACCCCAGAUCCUUGUUUUACCACAGUCUCUAUUCCCACCCCCUCUUCCAUCUGUUGUAGGUGGGUGGAGGCGAGAAAGAAAGAAACUCUUGCCCCAGCAUUCUUCAGAAAUAUCUGCCCACAUCCUUUUUCCUGUGUGUAAUAACCUUGAGUCCACUGAUAAACGCUACC